AUGACCAAAGUGGAGAUGGAAUCGGUAGGUUUGCGUGAAUUUGACCCAGACUAUACAUGGACCUCGAUGGACCAUUGGCAUGCCAAUGCCACCCUGGGACAGGUGCCCAACAUGGUCUCUCGUAUCAAGCUCUCAGCGACCUCGGAUCUUAAGGAGUUUCAUGGUAAAGACCAAGAUGAGGACCGAGCACGCAGGUGGGUGACCACUGUGAAGACCGCGUUCACGAGGGACCAAGCGCCAGAUGGGGAGAAGUGUCUCGUUUUUGGGGAAUUAUUGACUGGACCGAAAUUCCAGAUGCAGUUCGGUGGUUUGGAGGUGCCAGUGGUCCGCCAAUAUUGCCACGCAAAGAACAGAGAAAUCAAUAUCAAGGAUGGGCCGCCCAAGAUUCAAAAGGAACAUGUCGAACACUAUAUCGAGACCUUGGACGACCCCGACUUGGCGUACCAGUUGACCGUGUUACAUUUGGCUGAUGUGGAAGAGUUGGAGUAUGUACUGAGGGCGCGUCAACAGACGAAGGCUCGACGAGGCAAGAUAUUGUUUGGGUCAGGCAAGCUUCGCCAGAAAGCACCAAUUACCCUGACCGGCCAAGGGAGUUGA